AUGGGCUUGAACGAGGAGUUCGAUGAUCGACAAACACAGACCGAGGCUGAAUCAGAGAAAUACUAUCCCUAUGAAUACCAAACAGAAAACAACACCUCAUGGGCGGGAGCCCUUCCGGUGAAACAAGGGCUCUAUGACCCGAGCCUCGAGAAAGAUGCCUGCGGUGUAGGCUUCGCUUGCCAUAUCAAGGGCAAAGCAAGCCACAAAAUCGUUAGCGAUGCACGCAAUCUCCUCUGCAACAUGACCCACCGUGGUGCUGUGGGAUCCGACGCGCGGGAUGGUGACGGUGCUGGCGUCAUGACCUCAAUCCCGCACAAGUUUUUUGUCAAGAACUUUGAGCGGGAGGAGGGGAUCAAGCUCCCUCCUCCGGGCCAGUAUGCUGUGGGGAAUCUUUUUUUCAAGCCUGAUCCAGAGACCAUACACGAGUCUAAGCGGCAGUUGGAAGAUAUUGCCGAGUCCUUGGGCUUGAGAGUUCUGGGGUGGCGAGAGCCCCCUACGGACUCGUCUUUGCUGGGUCCUGCUGCUGCCUCCCGGGAGCCCACUAUCUUGCAGCCCUUCGUCGUCUUGCAGUCUACCUAUGGUCCCGGCAAUGCUCCAGAGAUGACAGAUGCAGAGAAAUUUGACGAUAGGCUGUUUGAGAGACAGCUUUAUAUCCUUCGGAAGCGGGCCACCCAUACUAUUGGGCUCCAGAACUGGUUCUACCUCUGCUCCCUUUCCAACAGAAACAUUAUCUACAAGGGACAGUUGGCUCCAGUUCAGGUAUACCAAUACUACCAUGAUUUGGUGAAUGCCGAUUAUGAAGCGCACUUUGCCCUUGUGCACUCGCGCUUCUCGACCAACACUUUCCCUUCCUGGGAUCGUGCCCAGCCUCUUCGGUGGGCAGCACACAACGGCGAGAUCAACACUCUCCGUGGCAACAAGAACUGGAUGCGCGCCCGCGAGGGUGUCAUGCAGUCUGACAUUUUCGGUGACGAGCUUGAAGGGCUUUACCCCAUUGUCGAGGAUGGCGGUUCUGAUUCGGCUGCUUUCGACAACGUUCUAGAGCUUCUCACCAUCAAUGGAGUUCUCUCUCUCCCCGAGGCCGUCAUGCUUAUGGUCCCCGAGGCCUGGCAAGGUAACGCGUUGAUGGACCCCAAGAAAGCUGCAUUCUACGAAUGGGCCGCCUGCCAGAUGGAACCAUGGGACGGUCCUGCCUUGUUCACCUUCGCCGAUGGGCGGUACUGUGGCGCCAACCUUGACCGUAACGGUCUCAGACCCUGCCGGUACUACGUUAUGGACGAUGACCGUAUCAUUUGCGCCUCCGAGGUUGGGACUAUCGCUGUUGAGCCCGAGAAGGUUAUCCUGAAGGGCCGUCUGCAGCCCGGGCGCAUGCUUCUUGUUGACACGCAUGCCGGUCGCAUCAUCGAUGACAGCGAGCUCAAGGCCGCCGUUUCUAGCCGGCACGACUUCAGGGCGUGGCUCGACCAGGAGUUGAUUUCAAUGCCUCAGGUUCUGGACCAACUCACUCAAGAAAAGAAGUUCGAUCUCUCUGCGAAGCCAGACGCCACGAAACUACAAGAAGACCCCCUCCUUCUGGCGUAUGGUUACACUUUCGAGCAGAUCAGCUUGCUUCUUGCUCCUAUGGCUUCCGACGAGAAGGAGGCCCUUGGCUCCAUGGGCAAUGAUGCUCCCCUGGCCUGUCUUUCACAGGCCCCAAAGCUGCUCUACGAGUACUUCCGCCAACUUUUUGCGCAGUCAAUUGUCAUGUCCUUGGAGUGCUACGUUGGACCUCAGGGAAACCUUCUAGAGAUGGAUCCUUCACAGUGCGGAAGGCUUCACUUGCCCAGCCCCAUCCUCUCUAUUCCAGAGUUCAAUGUGCUCCAGAAGAUGUCUACUCUUCACCCCAACUGGACAGUCAAGACCAUUGACAUCACGUUUCCCAAGAAGGACGGCGUCGAGGGCUAUGUCAAACACCUUGACUAUAUCUGCAACGAGGCCACAGCCGCCGUUGAGGCCCGGGACCGAAUCAUCGUUCUCUCCGAUCGGAACACGUCCAAGGAUCGCGUUGCCGUGUCGGCUCUUCUCGCCUCAUCCAUGGUUCACCACCACCUCGUCAGCAACAAGUGGCGCGCAAUGGCCGCUAUUGUUGUCGAGACGGCCGAGGCUCGCGAGGUUCACCACAUGUGUGUUCUCCUUGGCUAUGGCGCUGAUGCUGUCAAUCCUUAUCUUGCGAUGGAGUGCAUCCUGAAGCUCAACAAGGAGAAGCUGAUCAAGAAGAAGCUGUCGGACGAGGCCUUGAUCCAAAACUACAAGCACUCGUGCGAUGGUGGCAUCUUGAAGGUCAUGAGCAAGAUGGGAAUCUCAACUCUGGCUAGUUACAAGGGCGCACAGAUCUUCGAGGCUCUUGGUGUAGAUGACGCCGUUGUUGACCGCUGCUUCAAGGGCACCGCUACUCGCAUUAAGGGCGUCACUUUUGAGCUCAUUGCAGAGGACGCCUUCCGUUUCCACGAGCGGGGUUUCCCGUCUCGGUAUACCGCUGGGAUCCCUGGACUGCCAGAAUCUGGCGAAUACCACUGGCGCGACGGCGGCGAGGCACACAUCAACGACCCCACGUCGAUCGCCAACAUCCAGGAUGCUGUUCGUACCAAAAAUGACAAGUCGUACGAGGCGUACUCGCGUUCCGAGUAUGAGCAGAUCAAGGCCUGUACGCUCCGUGGUAUGCUCGACUUCAAGUUUGAGGAGUGCACACCUGUCCCUAUUGACCAGGUCGAGCCAUGGACCGAGAUUGUGCGUCGCUUCUGCACCGGCGCCAUGUCGUACGGCUCGAUUUCCAUGGAAGCCCACUCUACUCUGGCUGUUGCCAUGAACCGUCUGGGCGGUAAAUCCAACACCGGCGAAGGUGGCGAGGACCCUGAGCGAUCCGAGAGGCUGCCCAACGGGGACACGAUGCGAUCCGCCAUCAAGCAGGUUGCCUCUGGCCGUUUUGGUGUCACUUCUGCCUACUUGGCAGAUUCGGACGAGCUCCAGAUCAAGAUGGCCCAGGGUGCCAAGCCAGGCGAGGGCGGCGAGCUGCCCGGCCACAAGGUUUCCAAGUCGAUUGCUCGCACUCGUCACUCGACGCCCGGCGUCGGCCUUAUUUCCCCCCCUCCCCACCACGACAUUUACUCCAUUGAGGACUUGAAGCAGCUCAUUUACGACCUCAAGUGUUCGAGCCCUCGAUCCCGCGUAUCUGUAAAGUUGGUGUCCGAGACGGGUGUGGGUAUCGUUGCGUCAGGGGUUGCCAAAGCUAAGGCGGACCACAUUCUGAUUUCCGGACACGACGGCGGCACUGGCGCCUCGCGGUGGACUGGCAUCAAGUACGCCGGUCUCCCGUGGGAGCUUGGUCUCGCGGAGACUCACCAGACUCUAGUCCUCAACGACCUCAGAGGCCGUGUUGUCGUCCAGACCGAUGGUCAGCUGCGAACAGGUCGCGAUGUCGCCAUUGCCUGCCUCCUUGGCGCAGAGGAGUGGGGCUUCGCAACUACGCCCUUGAUUGCCAUGGGCUGCAUCUUUAUGCGGAAGUGCCAUCUCAAUAGUUGCCCGGUUGGUAUCGCUACCCAGGAUCCGGAACUCCGGAAGAAGUUUAAGGGAACGCCCGAGCAGGUCAUCAACUUCUUCUACUAUGUUGCCAAUGAACUCCGCGCAAUCAUGGCCAAGCUCGGAUUCCGAACGGUCAAUGAGAUGAUAGGGCAUGUUGAUGUCCUCCGGGUUCGUGAUGAUCUGAGGACCGGCAAGACGGCUAACAUCGACUUGUCCCUCAUUCUUACCCCAGCUCACAAGCUGCGACCUGGCGUCGCUACCUUCAACGUCCGCAAGCAGGACCACCGCCUAUAUGUCCGCCUUGACAACAAGCUGAUUUCAGAGGCCGAGUUGACCCUCGACAAAGGCCUCCCGUCUCGCAUCGAAUGCGACAUUGUCAACACUGAUCGCGCCAUGGGCACUUCGCUGUCAUACCACAUUUCAAAGCGUUAUGGCGAAGCCGGAUUGCCCAUGGACACUGUCCACGUCAACAUCAAGGGGUCUGCUGGCCAGUCCUUUGGCGCUUUCCUUGCCCCUGGCGUGACACUGGAGCUAGAGGGCGAUUCCAACGAUUAUGUCGGCAAGGGCUUGUCUGGUGGCCGACUUAUCAUCUACCCGCCUCGCUCCGCCGUCUUCAAGGCGGAGGAGAACGUUCUGAUUGGCAAUGUUUGCUUGUACGGUGCCACCAGCGGCACUUGCUUCUUCCGCGGUGUUGCCGCAGAGAGAUUUGCGGUACGCAACUCGGGUGCCACCGCUGUUGUCGAGGGCGUUGGUGACCACGGAUGCGAGUAUAUGACUGGCGGCCGCAUCGUCAUUCUCGGCAGCACCGGACGCAACUUUGCGGCUGGCAUGUCUGGCGGUAUUGCAUACGUCCUGGACCUCCACCGGGACUUCAUGCAGAAGCUGAACAUGGAGAUGGUUGAGGCCAGUACCGUUGAUGAUCCUGAAGAGAUUGCCUUCCUGCGUGGUCUCAUCGAGGACCACCACCAUUACACGGGCUCGGAACUCGCGGCCCGCAUCCUGGUUGACUUUAAUCGUGCGCUGCCCCGGUUCGUCAAGGUGUUGCCUGUCGACUACAAGCGUGUUCUGCUAGAGGAAGCGGCCAAGGCCGCCGAGGCCAAGCGUGCCGAAUAUAACCUUCCCAUCGUCUCGGGCGUCAAGACAAAGAGCCACGAAAAGGGCGCCAAGCUUCAGGAUAUCGAGGAGAGCGUGGGCGACAACGCUGCCGAGAAGAAGAAGGCUCUUGUCCUGGACAAGACGAAGGGCUUCAUGAAGUACCAGCGGCGAUCAGAAAAGUACCGCAACGCAAAGACCAGAACCAAGGAUUGGGCCGAGCUCUCCCAGAGACUCGACGAGGAUGAGCUCAAAUACCAGUCCGCUCGCUGCAUGGACUGCGGUGUUCCGUUCUGCCAGUCGGAUACUGGAUGCCCCAUCUCCAACAUCAUCCCGAAGUGGAACGAAUUGGUGUUCCAGGACCAAUGGCGCGACGCCUUGAAUCGCCUCCUCAUGACAAACAACUUCCCCGAAUUCACUGGUCGUGUUUGCCCCGCCCCUUGUGAAGGUGCCUGCGUUCUGGGAAUUAACGAGGACCCAGUCGGUAUCAAGUCCAUCGAAUGCGCCAUCAUUGAUCGAGGAUUCGAGAAGGGCUGGAUGAUCCCAGAGCCCCCGAAGGUGCGCACCGGCAAGACGAUUGCGGUUAUUGGGUCUGGACCUGCCGGCCUUGCCUGUGCCGACCAGUUGAACAAGGCCGGCCACCUUGUCACCAUCUACGAGCGGGCCGACCGUCUCGGAGGUCUGCUUAUGUAUGGCAUCCCCAAUAUGAAGCUUGACAAGCGCAUCGUGAAGCGCCGCACCGAUUUCAUGGCUGCUGAGGGAAUCCAGUUCAAGACGGGCGUCGCCGUGGGCGAGGAUGUCCAGCUGCUGGAUCUCAAGGCGCAGAAUGACGCCGUGGUUAUCGCCACUGGCGCGACCGUCGCUCGUGACCUUCCCAUCAAGGGCCGCAACCUCCAGGGCAUCCACUUCGCUAUGGAGUUCCUUCACAAGAACACCAAGUCGCUCCUCGAUUCCGAACUCGCCGAUGGCUCUUACAUUUCGGCCAAGGAUAAGCAUGUGGUUGUCAUUGGUGGUGGCGAUACCGGAAACGACUGCAUUGGCACUUCGGUCCGCCACGGUGCCAAGUCGGUGAUCAACUUUGAGCUGCUGCCCCAGCCGCCGCCGGAGCGGGCGCGAGACAACCCGUGGCCCCAGUGGCCUCGUAUCUAUCGCGUCGACUACGGCCAUACCGAAGUACGGCAGCACAUGGGUAAGGACCCUCGUGAGUUCUGCAUCAUGUCUGAGGAGUUUGUCGACGAUGGCAACGGAAAGGUGAAGGGCAUCAACACGAUGCGCGUCGAGUGGACCAAGUCUCCCAGCGGGGGCUGGGACAUGAAGAAGGUCGACGGCUCUCAACAGUUCUUCCCGGCUGAUCUCGUCCUCCUGUCGAUGGGAUUCCUUGGGCCAGAGGCCCGCGUCCUCGGCGACGAGAUUGAGAAGGACGCACGCAAGAACGUGAAGACGGCACCGGGAACCUACAGCACGAAUGUUCCAGGAAUCUUCGCUGCUGGUGACUGCCGUCGUGGACAGUCUCUAAUCGUUUGGGGAAUCAACGAGGGUCGCCAGGCUGCGCGCGAGGUUGAUCUGUACCUAGAGAGCAGUACCGGCCUGCCCGUGACUGGUGGCAUUGUCAAGCGCACCGCCCAAGAGGUGUUUGCGGCAGCAGCCAGCGCCGCUGCUUGA